CAAAGUACAAAGUUUGUACAAUAACAUUCAUACUAUCUAUCUAUCACCUCUCUCUCAAACCUAAUCAUUCCCACAAUUGUUUUUUCAAUUUAUUUCCACUUUCACAAACUAUUUUCCAAACACUCUCUAGAGUCAUCAUCAAUUAUCACCACAACGACCAACAUGAAGAACAAAACAGCAAAGUUGUUGAAGCAAAUCAUAGCCGGUUUAACCUCAAUGACAAAGUCAAAAACUAUAGCUUUAAAGUCAAAAGUAAAUGCCAUCAAAGCUCGUUUGAUUAUAUUCUCACUCAUGAAGAACAAAAAGUUCCUCAUGAGUUCAAUCUCAGAUAAAUUCCACUCAAUUUGGGGGAGCCAUUCUCACCAUCAUUCCAAGGAAGAUUGUCUAAUUGAAGAAGGUGUCAAUUGUGAAGAUCAUCAUAGAGCCAUGGUUAUUUUUAACAACAAUGUUCGCACUUACGAAGCGUUGCAAAAUCCAAGUGAAACACGAGUCGUCGAUGAACAAAAUCAAGAAGAUUACUAUGAUGAUGGUGAGGAUGAUGAUAAGUACCCUGAUUUGACUCAUACUCUUUUUGAUUCUGAGGGUUUGGACUUUGGAGGAUCAGUGAUAGAUAGGGUGAAGAAUUGUAAGGAGGAAGCAGGGAAAGAGUUUAAGCUUGAAGAUGAUAUUGAUGAAGUUGCUGAUCUAUUUAUCAGAAGGUUUAGAAGAAAUAUAAUCUUGCAGAAACAAGAUUCCUUGAAGAGGAAGAGGGAAGUUGAGCAAAAUGGUACUUGAAUAAUCUUCAUCAUUCUCUCCCUUUGUUAUUGUUUUUUUUUUUUCAAGAAUAAGGGAGAUUUAUAUUAUGUAAUAUAUGGUUGGUUUUAUUAAGAUUAGCACAACCCAGAAUUAAUUAAGUAGGGUGUGAUUUCUUUGUUCUUUUAUUUUGUUUUGGGGUGAUGUCAAAAGUUUUAUACCAUGUUCUCUUUUUGUGGGAGUUUUGUAUCAAAUAAAAGAAAAUUAAGAGAAUAGAAAUGGGACAUGUUGCUUA